GCAGGUCGCUACUCGCGAGGACGUUGUGUCCUCUCUUCUGGACUUGAGCAUGCUCCAGGCUCGUCAGGAGCGACUCACCCUCCAUGUCGUUGCACUGUGGCGCCUUCUCGCCAUCCUCUCUGACCCUGAUCGCACCCUCCCGAUCAUCCCAGUACGACUCGGAACCUCCACGAGGGUGUACUCCGCGCUGUGGGAUUCCGGUUCUCAGGGCGACUUCAUUCACCCACGCGUGGUGAAAGAAGCUCGCUUACCCACGACAGGGUCUCCAACUCCCAUUUCCGAUACCCUAGGGGAUGACAAGACCCAACGCUUCUUCGAUCAGACGGUCACCGACCUCCCUUUCUUCCUCACUCUCGAGCCGACUGAUCGUUCCCCGGCGUCUCGUCGCCACCGCUCCUCUGCACAUUUCAAUGUGAUGGAGACGGGGUACGACUUCAUUCUCGGCACUCCGUGGUCUCGUCGGUUCCGCAGCACCGAGGCCGAUUGGGCGACCAACACUCUCGUUCUCAAAACAAAGUGUGGACAAACGUAUCACGUACCUUUCAUCGGUACCACUGCGACAUCACGCCCCGAUCCUCCUCCCCCGGAGCCUUCCGUGCCCACACCAUCUCCUUUCAUCACUGUCACCUCGCCUCGGCAGUUCGCCCACUUCAUCCGACAGAACGACGUCACCUUCUUUAUGGUGGACGUGACGGAUCUCUUACACUAUGAUCCACCCUGUCCCGACGCCGAGCUUAUCCCUCUGGAGCCAGAUCCUCCUUCUAUCUCCAUGGCUCCCAUCUCUUCUUCCGUCCCCCCGCCGUCCGUCGAGUCCACUUCGUCGUCGCGCGCUGACGCUGACGCUGAGGAGCUCGCACGAUAUACGACUGACCUGGAGCCCGCAGUUCGUGACCUCAUCCGAGAGUACCACGACGUUUUCCCAUCGUCGUUCUCGAACGUCGGCAUCCCACCGAUGCGUGACGUCGAGCACUCCAUUCAGCUUGUGCCUGACUAUCGUGUUCACCACCAGGCACCCUACAGACUCUCGAUCCCCGAGGCCACCGAACUCAAGCGUCAGCUUGAGGAGCUCCUGAGACUUGGUUUCAUUAAACCCAGCAACUCCCCGUGGGGUGCACCCGUCCUCUUUGCUCGCAAAGCGGAUAGAACCCUUCGUCUCUGCAUCGACUACCGCGGUCUCAACCGCUACACGGUUAAGAACAACUACCCCAUGCCUCGUUCCGAUGAGUUGUUCGACCGCCUAGCAGGCAACCGCUUCUUUACGAAGAUCGAUCUUCGUAGCGGUUACCAUCAGAUCCGCGUCGCUGCAGCCGACCAGCCGAAGACCGCGUUCCGAUCACGAUUCGGUCACUACGAGUUCACGGUGAUGCCAUUCGGCCUCACCAACACACCCGCUACCUGCCAGAGGGCGAUGAACGAUAUCUUCAGGGACAUCCUGGAGCAGUACGUUCUCGUCUACCUCGACGAUAUCCUGGUGUAUAGUCGUACCCUUGAGGAGCACCUCAGACACCUCCGCGACGUCAUUGACCACUUGCGCAGACAUGGCUUCUACGCCAAGCUUAGCAAGUGUCGCUUUGCCCAGCACAAAGUGGAUUUCUUAGGACACUACGUGUCUGACCAGAGUCUCCACAUGGACGACGCGAAGAUCACUGCUAUUGCGGAGUGGCCCGCCCCCACAUCCGCCAAGCAGCUUCGCAGCUUCCUAGGCCUGACCAACUACUAUAGUAAUUUCAUCCCGGGAUACGCUAGUGCACGUGAGGUCGCCGACAUCGAGUAUCUCGUACGUUGGAAGGGUUACCCUGAUGAGGAGGCUACCUGGGAGCCCCUCGAGCACUUGCAGCACGCUCGCAUGAUGGUGCGUGCCUAUGACCGUGCUCGUCGUGCUGGGUUCACUGCUCCUCCUCAGCCCACUGACCCUCCUCCUUCUCCUCUGGGGAGACCACUGAAGUCGAUCCUGCUCCAUCUGAGGCAGACUUUCAGCAGCAGCCAGAUGCUUCUGAGCGUCCACAGCGCACUCGUCGCCGUCCUGCUCGAUACGACGAUUGACUCUGACUUACCUUCCCACGUCUUUGACUUCUUAGUACUCCCUCCACAUCAGUUUUGCUACUUCAGCUCGUCAACGUUACGGCUCUUCCUCUACGGCAUUCCGGACUUCUCAUCGUGGACGUCAUCGGCAGCUUCAUGGACUUCAUCACGAUCAGCUUUACCUACUUCAGACGUCGCCACUCUCUUACCACUCUACCCUGUACAGUACCCUGCUUGUGUCGCAUGAUGGUUUCCCUUUAGCCGGGUUCUUCUGAGUUGGGUUCUCCCUUGGUAUACGCAUAGGCAUUGGGACC